UGUAAUCAAUUGCAGCAAUUAUACCAAAAAGCUCUUGCAAUCAAGUCAGCAAUUCCUCAUCCUAGGAUCAUGGGAAUUAUUCGUGAGUGUGGCGGUAAGAUGCAUAUGGCUGAGCGUCAAUGGGCAGAAGCUGCAACAGACUUUUUUGAAGCUUUUAAGAACUAUGAUGAAGCUGGGAACCAGAGGCGUAUUCAGUGCUUGAAGUAUUUAGUUCUGGCUAAUAUGCUGAUGGAGUCUGAGGUUAAUCCAUUUGAUGGUCAAGAAGCAAAGCCGUAUAAAAAUGAUCCUGAGAUCUUGGCAAUGACAAAUCUGAUAGCAGCAUAUCAACGAAAUGAGAUCUUGGAGUUUGAGAAAAUUCUCAAGAGUAAUAGGAGGACAAUUAUGGAUGAUCCAUUCAUUCGAAACUAUAUUGAAGAUUUGUUGAAGAAUGUUAGAACUCAAGUUCUGCUUAAACUAAUCAAGCCGUAUACGCGAAUCCGAAUUCCCUUCAUAUCCAAGGAACUCAAUGUCCCUGAGAAAGAUGUUGAGCAGCUAUUGGUUUCACUAAUAUUGGAUAACCGAAUUGAUGGACAUAUUGAUCAAGUGAACCGGCUCUUAGAGCGUGGCGACAGGUCAAAGGGAAUGAAGAAGUAUGCUGCCGUAGAUAAAUGGAACACGCAGCUGAGGUCUCUUUACCAAACAAUAGGUAACCGAGUAUAUUGAGAAUGAUUAGAUACAUUUUGCUCAUGACCUCAGUCUGUGUGGUGCCAUUUUCGUUUGUUGUAAUGUCAUGGGUCAGUUGAGUUUCAACUUCAUUACCUGUUUGAGGUCAACAUGUUUGGUGAUCUGUGAAUACAUGUGAUUAUGAGCCUUUUAGUAUAGAUGCUUAGUAUUGUGGAGCGUAACUAAACCGCUUUAUGACAAUACAGAGAACUUAGUUCUAUGUUGGACCUAGAUGAAAUUCUUGUGUGGUAUUAGAGGAUGUUUAUUGUUGAAUUUUCUUUUUCAGUGGAUCCAUAGUUUUUUUUUCUUCUCUAAAUUCUGAUUCUAAUUCAAUCAG